AUGAUGUUUGUCACCGCAAGGAAAGCCGCCGAAAACCCGAUGGUUCGCGUUGCUUGGAGGUGCAGGUUAGCCACCGGAUUAACACCCACAGCGAUCAUGGUCACAAAAACAGAGCCGCAAAUGGACAGGAAUGCUACAUUGAACGAGGAAGAUCGUCUGCGCGGCCCCGCCAAACUCACGACCGAAGGGCCCAAGAAGCACCUCGCCCGCAUCGGCGAGAUUGUGGACCUUCGCAAUUGCUUGGUUAGUACUCGAGUCCAAUUAGGUGCAAAAUACGUACAUGCGGAUACGCUGCUUUGA